CCUGCCUCUUAGGGCGCAGCCCCCCAGAGCUUGGCCCAUCAUGCUCAACGGGCAGGGCCUCGUGCUGACACCAUGUCUUGGUAAUCUCCUCGCUGCGCAAUGCAUCCAAGAUAGCACGGUGAAGUCGAGAUUCUCUCUCACGCCUCACAUCUCACAGCACGAGGACUUGUCAGAGGCAUGCCUUCUGCUCGCUGCCAAUGUUCACCGCGGCGUGCUCCAGGGACUCGGCUCGAGAUUCAGCAGAGCUCGCAGCUGCCUCUUGCUUCCGCCAGUACGGCAAAGACUCAGGGGCAAGCCUUUCAGCUGCUCCCGCCCCGUUGCUGUACUGACUCUCCAUGAGGCAGGUCAGCGACCUUCGAGGCGGAGCAGUUGGUAGGUAUCCAUGACGCUCUUGCGGCUCACUCGGCAUGCCCAACUUAUUUGCGCGAGGCGGGCUGGUCGGCUGAAUCCGCUUCCAUGUCGUCGACAAGGCUUCCACUCGCGUGCUGCCGGUCUACCCAGUACAGUAUUAGCUCCGGCGCCU